AUGACGACGAAGACGACAACAAAAUCUUCAAAGAAAGCAGAAUCCAGGUCGGGUCAAGGCUUGAUCGAUUUGGUUUUCUCUUGGUCCAUUGCUGAUGUUCUUAAUAAGAAUCUCUACAAGGGAAAGGUGAAGGAAAUUCCAAAAACAUUUCCUUCAACAGCUGAUUACAUGAAGUCAUUCAUCUAUCCCCUAAUUGAGGAAACACAUGCUGAUUUGCUCUCAAGCAUGACAGACUUGCCACGUGCACCUAUGCGUGAAAUUUUUGAUGUUAGAAUCUCUAAACACUUUAAGCCUCCCAAAAGCUUGUUGUAUGACAUUACCUUGCAGAGAAUGAGAGAAGAGAAUGGCAAAGGCAAGUAUGAGCCUGAGGUUGGAGAUCUCAUUGCCUUGACAGAUGUAAGACCAAAGUGUAUAGAUGACCUCAACAGGCCCAAGAGAUCCUAUCUUAUUGCUUUAGUUCAAACUAAAUCAGAGGAAUAUCCUGAUAAAGUUAAAAUCUUGACUUCAAACCUCUUUGGAUUUGAGGAAGCAGCUAUGGAAAAGGAUAACAAGAAACAGAAACUUUUCGCCAUAAACAUUACAAACUUGACGACGAAUAUUCGUAUAUGGGAUGCCUUGCAUCCAGGACAGGGAGGGGGAAACAUGAACAUCAUUAAAAAAGUGCUGCAAACUGAUUCUGGGGUUGGUGGAACAUGUACUCUCUGUUCCAGUAAAGGAAAUGAAAGUUCUGCUGUAUUGAACUCAAAGGAAGUAAUUCGCUCAUUUAAGCUAGAUGAAUCCCAAGAAAAUGCCGUUUUAAGUUCUAUUGCUACACGAGAAUGCAAUCAUGCAAAUAGUGUACGAUUAAUAUGGGGCCCUCCUGGUACUGGGAAAACAAAAACAGUCGCUUCCUUAUUAUUUGCAUUGUUAAGAUUGAAAUGCAGAACAUUGUGCUGUGCCCCGACAAACAUUGCAGUGAUAGGAGUCACAAGUAGACUUGUGAGUUUGGUGAGGAAUGAUAUUCAAUUUGAUACUUAUGGAUUGGGAGAUAUAGUUUUAUUUGGUAAUGGGGAAAGAAUGAAGAUUGAUGAUCAUGAAGACCUUUUUGAUGUUUUUCUUGAGUACCGUGCUUCCAUUCUUGCCCGUUGUUUAUGUCCACUUUCUGGGUGGAAAGGUAGUACACAAUCGAUGAUAUGUCUGCUUGAAGACCCUCAACAGCAAUAUAAUCUGUAUAUGAUAAAAGAUGAAGAGAACGAGAAAAAUGAUGAUAAAGAUCAUGAUGGUUUGGCGGAGGAUGGUGAAAUUAGAAACUUGGGUGGCAAUCAAAACAAAAAAGGUGAGAACAGUGAUCAAGACUUCCAUGUCAAGGUCAAAAACAAAAUGUGGAUGAAGGAAAUUGUUGAUACCUUGAAGGAAAACAAGAAAAAUCCGACUAAAAAGAUGUCUUCUCAGAAAAGAAAGCAAUCUAAGGGUAAUGAGAAAGAUGGUAAGGAAAGUAAGAACUGCAAAGGAAAGGCAGAUGAUAAACGUCUCAACCCUUGGACAUUUAAGGAGUUCUUCACUAAGAGAUUCAAUUCCAUUAGCGAGCAGCUUCUGUUUUGUUUUACAAACUUGUACACCCAUUUACCUACUUCUUUCAUUUCAUUGGAGGUAGUAAAGAACAUGAUUAAAGUUUUUGGUUUGCUUCAAACUGUUGGAACUUUGUUGCAAAGUGAUAGUGUUACAAAUGAAGGCUUAAGAGAAGUCUUCAAUGGAAUUGAAGAUGGUGGAACAAGGGUGAGAAACUAUAAUAAGUUGUGUACGUCCAGAACUGAAUGCCUUCAAAUACUGAAAUUCCUUCAAGCAGCAUUUGAUGUUCCAAAUCUUAAAGGUGACUGUGAUAUUAGAAGGUUUGAAAAUCAAGUGAAGGAAAUUCCAAAAACAUUUCCUUCAACAGCUGAUUACAUGAAGUCAUUCAUCUAUCCCCUAAUUGAGGAAACACAUGCUGAUUUGCUCUCAAGCAUGACAAACUUGCCACGUGCACCUAUGCGUGAAAUUUUUGAUGUUAGAAUCUCUAAACACUUUAAGCCUCCCAAAAGCUUGUUGUAUGACAUUAUCUUGCAGAGAAUGAGAGAAGAGAAUGGCAAAGGCAAGUAUGAGCCUGAGGUUGGAGAUCUCAUUGCCUUGACAGAUGUAAGACCAAAGUGUAUAGAUGACCUCAACAGGCCCAAGAGAUCCUAUCUUAUUGCUUUAGUUCUAACUAAAUCAGAGGAAUAUCCUGAUAAAGUUACAAUCUUGACUUCAAACCUCUUUGGAUUUGAGGAAGCAGCUAUGGAAAAGGAUAACAGGAAACAGAAACUUUUCGCCAUAAACAUUACAAACUUGACGACGAAUAUUCGUAUAUGGGAUGCCUUGCAUCCAGGACAGGAAGGGGGAAACAUGAACAUCAUUAAAAAAGUGCUGCAAACUGAUUCUGGGGUUGGUGGAACAUGUACUCUCUGUUCCAGUAAAGGAAAUGAAAGUUCUGCUGUAUUGAACUCAAAGGAAGUAAUUCGCUCAUUUAAGCUAGAUGAAUCCCAAGAAAAUGCCGUUUUAAGUUCUAUUGCUACACGAGAAUGCAAUCAUGCAAAUAGUGUACGAUUAAUAUGGGGCCCUCCUGGUACUGGGAAAACAAAAACAGUCGCUUCCUUAUUAUUUGCAUUGUUAAGAUUGAAAUGCAGAACAUUGUGCUGUGCCCCGACAAACAUUGCAGUGAUAGGAGUCACAAGUAGACUUGUGAGUUUGGUGAGGAAUGAUAUUCAAUUUGAUACUUAUGGAUUGGGAGAUAUAGUUUUAUUUGGUAAUGGGGAAAGAAUGAAGAUUGAUGAUCAUGAAGACCUUUUUGAUGUUUUUCUUGAGUACCGUGCUUCCAUUCUUGCCCGUUGUUUAUGUCCACUUUCUGGGUGGAAAGGUAGUACACAAUCGAUGAUAUGUCUGCUUGAAGACCCUCAACAGCAAUAUAAUCUGUAUAUGAUAAAAGAUGAAGAGAACGAGAAAAAUGAUGAUAAAGAUCAUGAUGGUUUGGCGGAGGAUGGUGAAAUUAGAAACUUGGGUGGCAAUCAAAACAAAAAAGGUGAGAACAGUGAUCAAGACUUCCAUGUCAAGGUCAAAAACAAAAUGUGGAUGAAGGAAAUUGUUGAUACCUUGAAGGAAAACAAGAAAAAUCCGACUAAAAAGAUGUCUUCUCAGAAAAGAAAGCAAUCUAAGGGUAAUGAGAAAGAUGGUAAGGAAAGUAAGAACUGCAAAGGAAAGGCAGAUGAUAAACGUCUCAACCCUUGGACAUUUAAGGAGUUCUUCACUAAGAGAUUCAAUUCCAUUAGCGAGCAGCUUCUGUUUUGUUUUACAAACUUGUACACCCAUUUACCUACUUCUUUCAUUUCAUUGGAGGUAGUAAAGAACAUGAUUAAAGUUUUUGGUUUGCUUCAAACUGUUGGAACUUUGUUGCAAAGUGAUAGUGUUACAAAUGAAGGCUUAAGAGAAGUCUUCAAAGGAAUUGAAGAUGGUGGAACAAGGGUGAGAAACUAUAAUAAGUUGUGNGCACAAAAUUGUAAACUUAGACAUCUUAAGUUUAAAACUUAA